AUGCCGCCUCUACACUUCCUCCUCUUGCUGCUGGGCGUCUUUGCCUCCUACGCAGCAGCAUCAUCUGCCCCCGUUCUCAUAGCUGCGCCGACGUACUGCAAAUGCACAUGUUUCAAGAACAGCACCCUGAUCCAACUGGGGCCCCAGACAUCGCCAGGCUCUACACCUGGCACGACCACCACGUCCACCGAGACAUUCACGAACUCAAAAAAAAUACAGCAAGUAGAGCAACAACAGCACGGCCUGCGCUCACCCGACCCCGACCUCGGCCCAGACUCUGGCCUCGACACGCGCGCCGCGUCCAGCUCCUGCACCCAGUGCACGAGGGCCUUCUGCCUAUCCCUCGCGCUGCCCAUCUGCAAGGAAGCCGAAGAGACCGACGUCGUGGCCACGUGCUUCCAGCGUGACAGCCGCAAGGACCAGAUCAUUGUAUGGGGCUUCAUAUUGGGCACCGCGGGGCUGCUGGGCUGGGCCGCUGCUAAACGUGUCAUCGAAAUGCGCGCCGGAAAGAAAGCUGCUGCCGCUCUGGGUCUGCCACAUUCUGGACCGGGAGGAGGAGGAGGAAUUCCCGCGCGGGAUAGAGGCGCGUAUAUACCGGUUGCAGGCGAGCGUGGUGGAUGA